CACAUAUCGCACAUAAUAAUAAUGACGGGCAGCGAGGCAGUUGCAAGUUCAGGGACAGGGGCAGGCUCAACGCAGAACAGAGAAGCAUCCGUUUGGCACCAAUGGUGCCGCCUGUGCGCCAAAGAACAUCCGGAUAACUUAAAUGUGUAUUUCCGAGACGGCAAUCAGACGUGGACAAGCGUACUGGCCGUGGCGAUUGGUAAAUACUUCUGGGUUAAUAUAAAAAUGGAGGAUGAGCUGAGCAAUGUGCUGUGCAAGGAGUGCUAUACUCUGGUUGAGGAUCUCAUCGAAUUUUCGGAACGAGUCAAUCGAGUUCAAACGCUUUUCAGCCGACUACAACAGGCUGGUAAACAGGCCACCUUAGACUAUAAUGAAUUGAGAAAGGAUUGUGGACUGCAAGCGGAUGAGUGGAAGCACUUUGUCUCGAAGGAUGCAUCACAUGGGGACAAAGCAGAUGCAGACACAGUCGAUUACAUGGUGGAGUCGAUCGAUGAAGAUGCUGAAACUGAAAUAAUGACUGAAAUCGAAGAGAACCCGUCGAUGGAUAAUGAGGAGAACACCUACGAGUCAUAUGUGGACCAAGAAGACCAGGCGACCCAAGAGGCAGUAGCAGCAGCAUACGUUGAGCAAGAAGAAUACACUAACCAGGAGGCAUACGGUGAGCAGGAAGAGGAGCAAAUACCCAAAUUAAAGUCAACGACGACAUCGGCAACGGAGGAAGAUGUUGACAGGGUCACAAAGACUAACCUAGCAGAAAAUGAGGAUAUAAUGGAUGGCCCAUACAAGUGCACAUCGUGCAAUCGAAGCUACAAGUUGCCCAUGGCUUACAAACGGCAUAUGGCCGUCGUCCAUGGCCUGGCUGCCGCAGAUAAAGAUAAAUUAGAAUGCAAACGUUGCCACAUGUUGUUUGCAACCGAAAUUCAGUUGACUGCCCAUUUUCGCAGCCACUUGCCGUCCAAGGACAAAACAAAGAAUGCUUGCAGCUACUGCCCGAAACAGUUUACCACCGCUGGAGCACUGAAACGGCACAUAAUGUGCAUCCAUGAGAAUGUCAAGCCGUACAUAUGCGACUGCUGUGGCAAAGGAAUGAAGACCAUUACGGCCCUCAACGAGCACAAGCUGGUGCACACGGAUGAGUGUCCCUUCGAGUGCACCGUCUGCCAUCGUCGCUUUAAGAACAAGGCGAGACUAAAGAUACACUCGGACACGCACACAAAUGACAGCUACGAGUGUAACAUAUGUGGCUUGAAGCUGAAUACGCGUCGCACUCUCAACAUGCACCAACUGGUUCACACGGACGCCAAGCAGUACAAGUGUGAUGUGUGCGGCGCCGCCUUUAAGCGUGGCAAAACGUUGAAGGCACACCUGAUCCUGCAUACGGGCAUACGCCCAUAUAAGUGCAAUUUUUGUGGACGCGACUUUUCGAAUGGCUCCAAUUGUCGCAUGCACAAGCGCAAGACACAUCCCAAGGAGCUGGCUGAGGAGGAGGCACGUGGCGUUAUGCGUUCCACACUGCUGCCCAUGAUCACAGAACUGACCGAAGCAUCAAAACGUGUAAAAAAACCGGCUAAACCAGGUACAUCGCUGAUGCAUAUUAGGGUAACUGAGGAGAUCACAGAUCACAACUCAACAGAUGCUAAGAUGUCCGAAGAUGAGCUGGACGAAGAGGAGGAGGAAGAGGAAGAACCGGAUAAUGCGGUGAUGUUCGAGAUCGUAGACGAGUGCCCAUAAAAUAAA